AUGAAACCUCAUCAAAGACAAUCGCAUCCUUCCGGCUCCAGAGCCCCAGCCCAGGACGAGUUUAUUUUCUUUUACUUCCCCAACGCACCGUACGGGGAGUUCUGCCCAUGGUAUUUCGGUCCCUUCACCGUCUCCCAGGCCGAGAUCGCCUCCUUGAUAGGCCAGCCAUGUGAACUCUCGGGCGCAAAUGAAACCAUCACGUUCAACUGCGCCGAGCAGUUCAUGAUGUACUGCAAAGCCGGGCGGUUCCGCGACUUUGUACGCCAACUGCGAAUCAUGGCCACGGCGUCGCCCAAGGAGCAGAAAAGACUCGGAAAGAAUACAAUCGGAUGUUGUGAUAGGCAGUGGGACGACGUCAAGAGUAAAGUGGUCGUGGCAGGGAACGUGGCCAAGUUCGGUCAAAACGAAGGACUGAAGGCGAAGCUCCUCGCCACCGGUGACCGCGUGCUGGUCGAGGCGUCAAGCAAGGAUCGAGUGUGGGGGAUCGGAUUCAAGGAGAAGCAUGCCAUGGGUCACCGUGCAGAAUGGGGUGAGAAUAGGCUUGGUGAAGCGCUCAUGGUGGUCCGAGAACGUCUGAGAAGGGAGGAGGAGGCGCAGAUUCGGGAGAGGGCUGAGAAGGAGCCGUGGACGAUCUACAACAAUGCCUAA